UCAUCAGCGGCCGUCUGGCGGCGAUAAACAGAAGCUUAUGGCUGUGUACGAUCGACAUAUGAUCCGAUCUUACAAGUCUUUUUAUCAUUUAAAUUAUUAUUGAUCGUGAAAUAUGUUGGAAUUAGAAGUGGUGCCAGAAAGAUCGUUGAGUAACGAAUACUGGGAAGUGGUUUUAGGGAUGACAUUCAGCCAUGUGGUUCAGAGCAUACAACAGCAGAUCAAUAGAAUAAAAAAUGUUCAAGUAUUGUAUAACGAGAAGAAUCCCCUGAAAGCCGAUCUCGUAAUUAAAAUGUGCGAAGAUGGCAUCCAACUCCGAUUCGAUCCCGUAUCUCAACGGUUAAAGAUAAUUGAAGUGAAUAAUCUGAACAAGGUUAAAUUAAAAUACUGUAGUAUUGUGUUCUGUUCUCCAGAAAUUCCACCGACAAUUGAACAAAUAGAUCACACGUUUGGAGCUACCCAUCCUGGCGAGUACGAUGCUUCGCAUCAACUCUUCAUCUUAAGCUUUCGCGGAUUAUCAUUUUCUUUUCCGGUGGAUCCCCGAUUUCAGCCAAAUUACACUCAGGGAAUGGAGAGUUUCCAUUUUCCUCUCGGUACUUCACCCACGGUUGCGAAAAUGUGUAUUUACAGUGGGAACAACUUAACCGAAACAAAGCCACCGUCAUUACCAUUAUCAAACUUUUAUAACCAUUGCUACUUGGAUAAAUUGGAAGUGCUGCGAGAAAAAAACAAAACAGUUGGCGUGAAACUUCAUCUAAUUUCAGAAGCACUAGGCUCCAACAAAUUACGCGAAUUAAGGAAACAGACUGUAACAAAGGUUUUAAGUCUAGGAGACACCGUUCAGGAUGUCUGCUCAGCCAUCGGAUCGCCAAAUAAAGUCUUUUAUAAAGCGGACGAUAAAAUGAAGAUCCACCUGCCGAAUUCUCACAAAUUAAUAACUUACAGUUCGUCAGAUUACUUCUACAAUUUCUUUACGCUAGGAAUGGACAUAUUGUUCGAUGCGAGAAUUCACAGAGUGAAGAAAUUCAUCCUGCACACAAACUAUCCCGGUCAUUAUGAUUUUAACAUUUAUCUUCGUUGCAAUCUCAGCAUUGAUAUCAAUUGCACCAAUAAAGAAAACAAGAGCGAAACUCUGACUAUUACAACUUUCACCAAGUGGGAUUCGGUGAAGCACAAACUCAUUAAAUUGUCUGUGUUACCGGUAGUUUUAAACAGAACGUCCACCAACACGACAAACCCCUUUGGUUCAACGUUCUCUUUCGGAUUUGAAGAUAUGAUUUUUGAGGUGAUGCCAAACAAUCACAUCGCUUCAGUGACGUUGUAUCAAAAGCCUAUUUAUUCCCGGGAGACGAUAUAAACAUAUGUCUUAAGAUUCAUUUCUUGUAAAAGAAACUGUACAGUGAAUAUACAAAAAGGUUUUAAUUUAUGAUACUUUUAAUACGAGUUAUGGAUUUUGUACGUCGCAUUUUUCCGAGUGUAAAUCCGCUGUUGUUGUGAAGUUUCGAUGUUAAUGCUUACUCAUUUGCUGCCAACCAUCACAUUCGAAAUAAUUUUACCUGUUAGCGUAUCGUGGCAUCGGAUGGAUGGCUUCUGUACACCACCGCGUGCCAACUAACAAUAAAAUUUCAUUGUACUCUUCUCUGUGUGUACAUAAAUUAAAAAAAAAAAGAAAAAACAGACUGACAAUAUAAAAUAUAACUUUAUUUAAGAUUCAUAUUUAACCAAUGAACUGUUAGCACAGUUCUAGAGGAAGCCAAAUUGUCUAUUAAAUAUUAAAUUAAUAUACAUUGUAUCCAAUUUACCAUAAAAUUUCAUUUAAAUUAGUAAUUCCUACAUGUGGGAAUACAAAUUAUGGGUUGAAAAAUAAACUUCUUUCACUUUUUAACCACUCAUUCUUUAAUUCCGAUAACACAUGAUUAACUUAUACAACAAAAAUACACAGGUAAAUAACUAAUAAUUAUGAUA